AUGGCGUCAACCCUGCCCGCCGACGACUCCCGUCUGCUAGCCUCCGCGCCAAAGCAGAGUCAGACAGACCACAACACGGCCCCACGUGCGGCGAACGUCGCCGGGGCAUCUCAGCAUCCGCCACCACCACCACUACAACAUGGACAUGGUCAGGAAUCAUGGUCGUCAGGAUCGUCCUCCCAGCUCGAUCCCUCCAAUUCGCCGUCGAACUAUACCUCCUUCUCCAGUUCCGAUAGCGAUGAGCCCCAAGCUCGUUCCAUCGACGCCGAGGAUGAGGAUGACAUCCAGGACGUCAUCGGGGUCAGCAUUGGCCGAGAGCAAACUCGGAUGAAAGCCCGGGCAACGCCGGCGGAAGAGAAGAAUCGCGUGUUGGAAAGUCAGGGCGGGUAUUUCACAAGUAUCCCCGAUCACGUUGGCGAGAAUGGUCUCUACGCCGCGGAGUUGACGGCAGAACCGGAAUCGAUAGAGCCCGCAGCGACGGAGAAGGCAGGACAGGGAGAGAGGAUAAAACCCACUACCACUCGUGUUGCGCCUGCGGGUCAGUUGGUGCGGCGUCGAGGUCCAAGUGGUGCGCAUACGGAGCAUCGACCGACGCCAUCUUUUCCGACCGCGCACAACUCAAAGGAUGGGAGUACAUCGAGCGCAAGAACCAGCUUCACCCGAUCGCUCUUGAAAACGACGCUGCCUCGCCGGCCACGAGCUUGGUCGGGCGAAUUGAAGAAAUUCCUGCCUGAUUUGUCCUCUCUGGCCCGACGGCCAACUCUACCCUUUCGCUCUGGCAAUGCUCACCGCCGCGCCCGUAGUCAAACUGUGACGCCCGGAAAUCGGAAACAGAUCGCUUCCAGGGCAGCGUCCCCGGAUCAUCGGCGAAGACUAUCAACGCCUCAUGCUCAUGACACCGGGCCAGGAAACCGGGAGGACGAUUUGGGAGAUGACUCGCACCCCAUCUCAGAGUUGCGCAAAUUGGAUGGCACCUCGGCAGCGAAACAUUCGUUCACAAGACGGCCGAGUGCAGCGGUGUCUGGUCGUCCGCCAAGUCUGCGAAGGUCAUCUUCGGACCAGUCCCUUUAUCUACGAGCAUCAUCGACCGCGUCAUCUCUAGAACAGCGGCCUCGAUAUGAGAACGUGCAUUCGCAAGUGAACAGCCGGUUCAAGGCCAUCAAGGACAGCCUGCAAGAUUCGAGUAGUCGCCUGCUGAGUCGUCCAUCACUCCAUUUGCAGGAUAUUCGAAGUGACUGGGCGUCACGUCCGUUCCCAUCACUUAUAGGCUCGGAGCGAGGAACGAAUGGAGUUCACCGGUCAGCAACAGCUCCCCCACCCCCGCGAUAUAAUCUGCAAUCGACGCACCCCAUUCUUGAAGAGGCAAUGGGGGAAAUGACCGGCGACGUCGUGAUUCUGGGCGGAUACCGUGGCUCCAUCUUGCGAUCCGCAAAGCCUCCGCACCGGCAGCUGUGGGUACCAAUGAAGGUGGGCUUGAAUCUGCGCAAGGUGGAUCUCGAAGUUGGCCUGACACGAGAAGACGAAGAGCGCAUGGAAGAGAACAUCAUCCCAUCGGGCGUUCUCUCACACAUUGGACCAAUCGAUAUCUGCAGGCGCUUGAUGAAACGUUUGCAAAAAUGCGAAAACGCGGUGCGCGGAGACUUGCGCGUGUGGGAUUAUGGCUACGAUUGGCGGCUGAGCCCUGAUCUGCUGUCGAAGCGGCUGAUCAACUUCCUGGACGGUCUUCCCAGCAACCGGCCUGGACCGGAUGGCAAGCCUCCAAAUCCUCGCCGAGGUGCUAUAGUGAUUGCCCACAGUCUCGGUGGCCUCGUCACUCGGCAUGCAGUCAAUCAGCGGCCUGAUCUCUUCGCUGGAGUUGUAUACGCUGGAACUCCGCAGCACUGUGUCAAUAUUCUUGGUCCGCUUCGAAACGGCGACGAUGUGCUCUUGAGCUCGCGAGUGCUCACCGCGCAGGUCAACUUCACCUUCCGCACGAGCUUCGCGCUUCUUCCGGAGGACGGUCAUUGCUUCAUUGACAAGCAGACCAAGGAGGAAUACCGCGUCGACUUUUUCGAUGCCAAUUCGUGGGACGAAUAUCACCUCUCGCCGUGCAUCAAGCCAGCUCUUCCAGCAAUGCCAGUCAACCCACGCUUCAAAGACUUUGCAACAAUUAGCAAACGAUUCUCAAUGGGUGCGCGAGACGAGACCAAUGAACAAAAUGGGGUGCUCUCUGGAAACAAUGAUUCGCAAUCGUCGGCUGGUGAGAGCACAGGUCACAACCCACGAGUUCAUGCCAACUCGGUGCCCAGCCCAUCUCACGCCGCAUCGGCAGCAGCCGAAAGAGCGAAUCAGGCCCUCUCACCCAGCGGCGGAGUCGACAGUCUCGUCGGUCCCGGCGCAGCCCCCCGUGGCAGCAACUCAACGAACCAAAUGUCCGCUCCCAGCACCAUUCCGUAUGCAGAUGCAAUGGAGUAUCUGCAGCGCACACUGGCCGAGAUCAAACGCUUCAAAUCAGAGCUGGAGUUCAAUCCCGCACAUCAGGCUGCAAACCGGUACCCACCCGCCGCCGUGUUGUUUGGAAAAAGCGUACCAACUCUCUACGGGGCACGAGUUGCGUCGCGAGAGGCCAUCAAGCAACAGGACGCUUAUGAUGAUCUGGCAUUUGCAGCCGGAGAUGGCGUGUGUCUAGCUACCGCUGCGAUGUUGCCUCCUGGGUACAGAGUCAUUAGGAACGGUCUUGUGAAGAGCGAUCGAGGACACGUGGGACUGCUUGGAGACCUAGAGGGCGUGGGACAGUGUCUAAAGGCUUUGAUUCGGGGUCGAAAGGAAGGUGUUGGGCUGGGAAAUGAAUCGACGUAG